AUACUUUCUCAAAACCGGCAUCUGGUUCUGGUGAACCCCAGCCAAGUGGUUGGUUUCGGACUUUCACAAUUGCUGCUUACAGGCCCUACUUUGAUGUUGACACGGCUGAUGUUUUAGAGAGGAUUAAAGAUUCACUCUUUCCUUUCAGUGGGAGCUUUACCGAGAAGACUGCUAGCAACCCUGAUCUACUGGUUGAAGGAUGUGCGAAUAAUGAAAAAGAAGAUGGGUUAAAGGAUGUGCAGACAGUGGAAAAGAAAAAGAAAAAGAUGGGAUAUGGUGAUGGCCUAAGUGGAAAAUUCUGGAAGCUAGCUUAUUGGAUUCCAAGGGAGUAUAAGCUCAGGUCCUUAAAUUUUUUGGAUUCAAGUGUUCGGCUGGCAGAAGUCGGCUCUUCCGACCCUAAAGGUCAGGUGAACACCCCUAGCGUGAAGGGCUAA